AAUACACCUAUACUUACUUAUAUCAGUUACUUAUCAGUAGUGCACUGGUAGUACAGAGAACAAAACAGUAUUAAGUAACGAUACCGGGAACAGUCCCGAGACUCCCGAGAGAGAGACGACCGUGCAGGACCUACUGUUGCAACGACAGGAGAGCAUCAGCUGGUCCAGGGGCCGCCGGCGGGUCCUCGACCCUCGACUCCUGUUUUUGUCUCCUCCCCCCUCGAAGCUACGGAGCUUAACUAGUACAGCUCACGGGUAUAACCUCGCCCGCGAGGUCAGAGAUCCUCAAGGGGCGUACAGCGUAUAUGUCUCAAUAGGUAGCUUAUAGGUACACCGAGUUGAUGCUGCAGCUUACAUCACACCAGUGCAUAUAAUACGUAGAUACGAUACCUAGAGCGUGAUACUUGGGUAACACGCGCCAAGAGGAGGAGGAGAAGGAACACGGCACCACGUAUAGUACUUGUACCUAAGAAAAAGAAGAAGAAUAGUACCAUCAUCUCCACGACGAGGAGCCGGAAUCAAUCGUCGCUCCCGCUCGUGCGCACACACAGAGCAGCCAGGAGAGGAGGUGGUGGGUGGUGGUGGUGGAGGAGGGACCCUCGUCGGUAGUAGUGAGAGAAGGUGUAUUAUGGCCGUACCGAUAAACAACAGCCCCACGAUCAACAAUGUGGACACCCAGUACUUCUACGAGGAUGUCGUCUACAGGGUGGACAAGCGCGGCAAUGUCGAGUUCGGCAUCGUCAUGGAGAACGACGACCAGGAGCUGUCGGACGAGAGCAGCGACAACGAGGACAGUCCUAAGCGCAAGAAGGGCGAGAUCAGGGUCGUCUGGCAUCCGUCCGGCGUUGAGGAACUCGUCAACUCGAAAAAGGUUCAUUUGGCAGACAGAACUUUGAUGCCUGGAGAUGUUGUCAGACGUAUGAUUAAAGGAAAAGAUACACAGCGAGGGUACUGCAGAGAUAUUGAGCUGACUGCUUGUGUACAAGUUAUUGGUACCAAACAAAUACUUACCAACAUCAGAAGCGAGGAUUUGGUGCCACUUGAGGAGUUUGCUGCGGAUAUCGCAGUGUGCAUGGAUUCUUGGGUGGGUGGAAUCAGAAUGGUACAUUUCAAGUUAUGGUUAGUCACUCCUGACGGCUCAAGAUGUGUUAUUAACGAGAUAGACGCCAGAGGAUUGGAACAUUUUGAGGAAAAGCGAGAAACGGAUAACGAUUUUCCUCACACAUCGGAGUUUUAUCCCGGCCAAAGCCUGUGGGGCCCCAUACAUUGUCUGGAAGAGGCUCAGUGGAUCCAGUGUACAAAAGAAAUGAAGGCCAAACGAAAGUCAAAGCCGCAGCGUAUCACAAAGGUCGUCGUGGAGAAGGUGGAGACCGAUUGGGUCGGUGUGCACUGGCAGUGCCGUGCUUACUCGAAAGACGGCGUCUGGUCAAAUCAGGCGCACCCGAAAUUCGUUGUCGAGGGCGAGGACCUCCCAAAACUCAAGCUGCUCAACGUGUUUGAGCCUUCAACGCUGCAGGUUGGCGAUCGCAACUUUUACGUGAUCAAAGGCAACGAAACGGUGAUAACGCGGGAGCAGUGGCGCAAGCAACAGCGUGAGAUCUUUCAAGUUCCUAAGAGUCCCCGCAAGACGCGCAACAUGUCCAAGGCGGCCGUCGAAGAGAAAAUAAAGCGCGAGAGGAGAGACAUGUCACAGGAGAAGGAGAAGGACGUCAACGACGUGAACGUUGAUAACAAAGUGAACAGUGAGAAAGACGUGAUGAGUAAUAAUCUGCUGGCACCUCCGCCGGUUAAUGUUAAUGCGGAGAGCUCGGAUGAUUGGGACACCGAGGAUACUGGCUCGCAAAGUGAUUCAGCUUCGAUUUCCAGUGGCUGUUCAAGCAUGUCAUCAAUGGGAAAAAAGAAAAAAGGUCCUGCACUGAUGACCAAGUUCCUUAAAAAACGCAAACUGUGCAAGGCUAGGAAAAAAGUUCCACCGCCUCCACUAGAACCUGGAACGAAAAUUGUCGUGGAAACUGUUUCUACCAACACAAAGGCAAAUGUAGUCUGGCAGGAUGGUUCUGUAGAGUUUGGUAUUCCUUCGACUCAACUAUACCCGAUUCACCAUCUGGAUGAUAAGGAAUUCUUCCCUGGCGAUUUCGUUGUUGAUCAGAAAGAAGAAUCGAGAAUGUACGGAGUGGUGCAGAGUGUAGAUCACCAAGGAAGGACCGCUAAAAUAAAGUGGUUCAAAACAUACACAUCUAGUCAAAGUCCUCAACCAACAUUUUUGGAAGAACGUGAAGUAAGCGUGUAUGAUCUCAAGGACCAUCCAGACUUUCAGUACCGGCCGGGCACUCUAGUCAUACGCAUAGCAAACUUCGAGGGUGAAGACGCAGGAUGUACAGCAGGUCAAGUCCUCGACAAUUAUCCGGAAGGUCGAGUAAAGGUCUGGUGGGUGGACGGCCACGUGAGCAUGUGCUGGCCCCAGGAUCUUUACAAAGUGGGCGAGUACGACAGCGACGAUGGCGAGUUGUGGGACGACGUAUCUUCGGAUGCCUCGUGGGAAACCGAAUUGGAGGACUUUACGGCAGACAACGAUACACCUAGUGCCGAGCAAGCUGAAAAUAUCAAGCCAAAACUCGCGGCGCACAUCGAGAAGGCCCGCAUAGCUAUGUCACGGCUCGAGGAGAUUUUCACGCAAAAUCCGUCCUUGCAAACGACUGAAGUCAUGAGGAGACUACUAGAAGUUUACAAAGAUUGUAGGUACAUGGACAGGCUGAUGGGUACGUCGUUCUUCCACGAAAGCCACUUCCAAGGUUUGUUGGAGAGAGUCAGAGAAAGAGGGAGAGCGAAUGUUGCUCAACGAAUGGCUGAUCAGGUCAAUAGAUUGUUCAGCCAGACUGAGAGCAACUCGGAAGGUAGCUCAGAGCUCGUCGAGUCCAAGAGUCAAGAUGCCCAGAAAAACACGAGUGUCAAUAACUCGCUCGAAAAAUCUGCCUCUGAGGAAAUCAGCGUUGUGUUCACGGAAGAAGAUUCUGUAUUGAACGACGAUGAGAACAAGAAUGAGAGUGCCAAGAACGUCGAGCCGAACACAAAUCAGUUGUUCAUCAACAUCAAUCGUAACCCCGAGGACUCGGGUCUGUUUUCGGCCGAGCACUCGAAAAAGGAGUCUGGCUCCAGCGACUCUAGUGGUGAGUUUCUGUUGAGCGAAGACGUCAACAACAUCGACAAAUCACCCGCAGCCGAGCCCCCAAAGUCCCUGCCUUUACCAGACAACAUUGGAAUUGUCAGUGUAGGCUCCUCGCAAGUAUGCGUCAAACUUUGUAAUCUCAUCAAAGCUCAAUUGGUUUUAGCGCACGCCGAAGUUUCAAAGAGAUUCGGAUUAUCGAAAAUGUCGCUUUCGGACGCGGCGAAAACUACAGCUUCGCCGGUGAAAAAGCUUAAGAAAGAAGACGACAAGAUAAUCGAGAACAUCUUGUCGGAGCCGUCCGACUCGUCCAUCGAGAUCCCUCCACUAGUGUACUUGGAAGGCGAGGGCUUCUCGAUAGAGGAACAGGCACCCGACAGCCACAAGUUCAAGCUAACGAUGUUCCAGCCGACGGAUCGUCCAAACUUCUUUCGCACCGUGUCUAAAGAACUGAAGCUCUUGAAAAGCUCAUUGCCUCCGGGUAUUUGGGUUAAAGGUUUCGAGGACAGGAUGGACCUUUACUCCGUCAUGAUGCGUGGUCCGGAAAAGACACCUUACGAAGACGGUCUCUUCCUGUUUGACUUCCAGUUGUCGGCCGACUAUCCAACGGCACCUCCGUUGUGCCAUUAUAUAUCAUACUGUAGCGACAGGCUAAAUCCGAAUCUUUACGAGGAUGGUAAGGUCUGCGUAAGUUUGCUGGGCACGUGGGCUGGUCGCGGCACGGAAGUCUGGACGAGCGCGUCCACGUUGCUCCAAGUCAUCGUUUCCAUUCAGGGUUUGAUCCUCGUGGCGGAGCCGUACUUCAACGAGGCUGGCUUCGAAAAGCAAAAGGGCUCGCAACAGGGCCGCGAGAACUCGCGCAUGUACAACGAGAUGGUCACGCUGAAGCUCGUGCAGUCGCAGAACAAGCUACUGCAGUACCCACCGCCCGUGUUCAGGGACACUAUAAUCCAGCACUUUAAGCGCCACUCGGAGAAACUGCUGCAUCGGCUCGAGCUCUGGAUGGAGAUAUCCGAGCAGCACAACAACCAGCAUCCGCUCUCCCCCGUCACACCAACUACGUUCAAACAGAUUGCUCCCGUUGACAAUCGAAUUCUACCAGAGUUCCCGCUAAUACCAGCUUCCAAGGGCUUUUGCAUAACGCUGAAAAACACCUUGGCAAACUUUAAGCGCACUCUUAUCAAAGAAGGCAUAAUUCAGCUGAGUCUGGAGUCUCUGUUGCUCAACGACUGCUCGCGCGAUUCUCUGAACCGAUCGAGUACUCGGGACUCGAUGGAGGAGGAUGACAGUGGCACCUCCGCUUUACCACGCACACCGUCAGCACAGCAAAGCGCCGAGGAAACAACCACCCAAGACUCAUCUGCCACGAAGCCCGGCGUUGUACAGCAAAACGAGACGAAGAGAGACAGCCUGGAGCGCCAGAUCAGCUAGCCACAAGGUAAAGCCAAAGCACGCUUAGCUUGCAAAAAUAAUCUCACGGCCAUUCGGUAAUACACGGCGAUUGCCGAUGUACCGUACAGUCCUACCGGAAAUUGUUCGAGAGCAAGCCAUCGCACUGAUCGAUCGAUUGAUUGAUUGGUUGAUUACAAAUAAGAGACGAGCGCUAACCGAGCGGACAAGGCCGUCCCUAGUACCUAUGCAAUAUAUUUAUAGAAUACCAAAUAACACAAUGCUAAUGUCGCGCCGCUACAUACAGUUGUACUCUGCUGCGCGGGGGGAAGUGAUGAUAGCCGUAGAGCUGUAAUUUUUCUCUGUUGUCCUGUCGAAGCGUCGCGUCGUGGUCCUCGAGCGAGUAGGCACGCCACUUGACAUUCAUGACACAAUAAUCAUAGCGAAUAUACGCGUACGUACAUUGUGUACACUUGUCACUAUAGAAUUAUAUACAUAAAUAUAUAUAUACAUUAAAUUAUACGUUUAUUGAAACGGUUCAUAAGAAAUGAGAGGUCUUUUUUUCGUCGUUGUACGUAAUUAUUCGAUUGUCUACAAGCGCAAUAUGAAUUUCUGCCUCAAAGUUAUUUCGUGUCUGAAAAAUUCCAAACUAAUGUAUAAUGUUGUUUUCAACAAUCAAAUACUUAUUUGAAAGUUUACCAUCUUCUUUGUAAACGUUUUGUGGACGAGUCACUGAAAAAAAAAUAAAAUAAAAAAAUAAUUUAAUCGUAGGUCUGUCUUUGGAUGUAAUUUGAUUAAAAAACUGUUUGUCUAUUUCAAGUUUAACGAGUAAAUUUUGUAGACUAGGAAUUUCCUGAAAGGAGCUUUUCCAUUCAGAAAUUUGUGUUAACAUUUCUUUCUUGAAUAUUCGUCGUCCCUACCGUAGCAUCAAAAGUCAAGUAAAUACAAUUUUGAGGCAGAUUUUUAAGGGAAUCUCAAGCGAACGUUUGUAAUUAGAUAUUUAAAACGAGCGCACGUAAACGAUAAAAGGCAGGAAAUAAAAUGAAAAAUAACGGAAAAAAGGUAGCGGAACAACCUGACUAUAGUACAGUUUUCUGCUGCGCCAUUAAAUUGAGCAAAAGUCGUUUAAACGAUUAAAUUGCAUUAGAGCAAGAGUCAUUGAGUUGAAAAAUUAAAACCUUGUAAUUACAAAGUCUCGCGAGGUAUUGUGCGAGCUAUAAAUAAUUAUAAGGUACACAAAAGCAAUUUAAUAAAGUAAGACCGUGCAUUUGUCUCGAGCUCAAUGUGAGCGUUUUUUUUCUUAGAGCAGCGUCGUGAAGCAUUUCGCGAGCUCUCAGCUCUAGUCACAAAUUUUAGAAAAUUAUGUUUGGUAUUUAUCGGUUUUUUUUUUGUUUUUUAUACUAGGAAUUGGAUUGAUUUGUUUUUUCAUGUUUUGAAAAAAAAAAAAAUAAAUUACGAUACAAUCACUUUAGUGAGCGUCGGGCGUACAACUGGAUGAAAAAUAGAUGAACGAAUCGCGUUGUGGCAUAUUUCUUAAUUAACAAAAUUUUAAAAAGUACUUAGAGCCGCUGCAUUUAACCGGCGUGAGUUAAAAAAAAAUUACUAGGGAAAAAUAAAAAUCACAUGUAUACUCUGUUCACAACUCGUUAAUGUCAUCCAUUUGAGACGAACGCUAUCGUGGGUUCGGGAAAAAAAGGGGUAAUAAAACAAGGUUACGAAUAAUUAGAGGAAAACUAAUUUAUAAAAAUGACUUUAGUGAAAAUAGGUCGUAUAGAAUUUAGAUGAGAAAAAUUCGAUUCGUAGAUCAGUCUAUCGACGAGAAUUCAAUGUUAUCGAUUAUUCUGUAGGUUUAGAGAUCUGAAAAAUGUAUCAAAACAUUUGAGAACAAAGUAAGGACUUUCUCAUGCUCCGCUCUUCAUAUGACAGUUUUCCGUACCAAGUAACGGCAUACGUGUCUUCUAAUGUAUACUGCGAUCUCAUUUUGAUUCUUUGUAGUGCCAUAAUUCUUGCUUCAAUGCUCUGAACUUGAUUUGAUAGACACGUAAGAGAUGCAAUAUUUGCCGCACCCAAAAAUAAAUAAAUAACACAUCAAAGGAAAAAAGAAAGAGAGAGAAAACAAAUAUAACGCUAGACCGAUAUUUUUAAAAGGCUGAAGACAACAAUGUACAACAAGCGUGUCGUAUUCACUACCCAUUUGUUUCCAACUGUCUUAUUCGCUAUAAAUUGCUUGUUAAGUAUUGUACAAAUAAACACACACAUACUUCCUUUCCAAUGAGAAAUCGGAAUGUCAAAAUAAUCUGUUGAAUCGAUCGCGAACAAGUAGGAGGUAUGCUUAUUAUGUUGUAUCUAUAUUGUUGUCUGCCCUCGUGAGAUUGAGUUGAGCUUAUACUUAAAGUUUUUUUUGCAUAAAUCUGCCUAUCACUGUGAAAUACUUUUUUUUUAUCACGUGUGCAUGUUUUUCCCCAAACCAAUUGGUUUGUUCUCAAUAAUUUCUCGUUUAUGAAUUUCGGUGUAUAUUUGUUUCUUUUGUACAAAUUAUUUGGUAAUCAUUUACUCCAUGGUGUGUUACUAUUGUCGAAUCUUUUGUCUAAAAUACACAUUUAUCUAUGAUUAAGAAAAAAAAAUUUUUUUAAUCAUUAUUUAGGAUUAUUCAUUUCCGUAUGAAUAAAAUUUGAUAUUUUGUUUCGUACUUGUACCGAAUCAUAAUGGGGAUCUGAUAGGAUAAAAAAUGAAUUUAGUACCGAGUAAUAAAACUAUUUCAAUCACGUAUUUAGAUAAAUUAACUUACUUGUGACUUACUAUUUAUUCGAUUGUGCGAAAUAUAUAUUUAGAUGUACGAUAUAUUGUGAUUAUUUUAUUGGAAAUUUACACGAAAGUAUUUGAAAAUUUACGCUUCGAUUAAAAUUACUCUUACUCUAGAUGUGCAUCGAUGCAAAUCGAUGCAGCUAAAUACUGUAACAGAAAUCGAGAGUUUCGUUCUCUAUAUAUUUUUAUUGAGCAUAAAUUUUCUCACGCAAAAACCAAAAAUCAGAACAAAUUGCAAAAUAGAGUUUUUCUGUGUUUGCUGUCUGUUCCUAUUUACUUAAGUUACUAAUAAAAAAUACGCGAAACGUAAGAGACACCAUUGAAAAAAUUACAAUUAUUAUUCGUGCAAAACAAAA